CAAUAAAUAUUUAUUGAGUGAAUGAAUAGGUGGAUGGAUGAAGAUGGCAUUUGAAUAAGGUCUUGAAGUUGGCAAAAGAAACUGGGAAACUGAGACAGGAGUGACUUCUUCAAUAGAGAUUGAGAGAUCAAAUGAUGCUGUUUGGAAAAAUUUCCUGGCAGUUGUGUGGCUUAAAGAAACUCCCAUGGUCAUGUGACUCCAGAUACUUCUGGGGCUGGUUGAAUGCAGUAUUUAAUAAAGUAGAUCGUGAACGCAUCAAGGAAGUUGGCCCCGAAAGGGCGGCCUCCGAGUGGCUGCUUCGCUGUGGGGCCAUGGUACGCUAUCAUGGCCAGGAGAGGUGGCAGAAGGACUACAACAACCUCCCAACAGGCCCUCUGGACAAAUACAAGAUCCAGGCCAUCGAUGCCACUGACUCUUGUAUCAUGAACAUUGGAUUUGAUCAUCUAGAGGGCCUACAGCAUGUUGAAAAAAUAAGGCUAUGCAAGUGUCAUUAUAUCGAGGAUGACUGUUUGGAGAGAAUUAGUCAACUUGAAAAUUUACAAAAAAGUUUGUUGGAAAUGGAAAUAAUUUCAUGUGGGAAUGUCACAGACAAAGGCAUCAUUGCUUUGCAAAAUUUAAGAAACCUCAGGUAUUUGUUGCUAAGUGAUCUUCCUGGAAUAAGAGAGAAAGAAAACCUUGUUAAAAUCUUUAAGGCAUUACUACCUUAUCUGGAACUAAAAUUAGACUUGAAGCAAAAAUAAUAAUCAUCAAUAAGUGCCUUAUUCAAUAUAAAGUAUCAUUUAAAAUUGAUCCUAAACAGCAACGAAUAUUAUGUAAGCAUCAGUAGAACUAUAAGGAUGUCAUAUCAUGAUAUUUUAAAAGCAGAAAGUCCAUCAUGUAGAAAAUAAAUAUUCAGAUGAGACUCAUUAAAGUUACUAAACUGAAGUGAUGCAAACUAGGUAACAUUUUAAUUCUAAUUUACUCAUUUUAUAUAAAUAUUUAUAUAGAUAUCUCGAUGUAGAUACUGACUUAGAAUUCUUUAAAGACAUUUAAAUGUACAACACAGAUAUUCUUGAUUGUAUUUUAACAGUAAUUUAUGUUGCACUUUAAAGUUAUUGAAGCAUGUUACUAUAAAUGUAUAAUUUUGGAAAACUGAAAGCUAAAUUUCAGAUUCAUUGAAGUCAAUUAUGCCAAGAAGUCAGUAGUUGUGGAGGCAUUCAUAUCGCUCUCAGGAUUUGCAUGCCUUUCUCAUAAUUCUGCAUUCCUGUGUUUACACCUUUUCUCUGAAUGAGUAGUUUCUGGCUAACUUGUCUAUUUGCUAAGCUUAGUCUGGUAUUUUAUUAUAAGUAGACAUAAAUACUUGGCUGAAUUAAAAUAGUUCUGCUGAUUGCAUUAGAAUAGAGGAAACAAUCAUGAAGACCAGCACUUACUUUUUGCUUAAAUUAAAAAAUUGCUAUAAACAGAAAACUUUAACAUGUCAAUUAGAAAUGGAUUUUUAUUUCCCCAUAUACAGUGGAUAUUAUUUCCUGUGAGCUCAAGGAUACCAUAAAGACAAAAUUCAUUUUAUAUCUAGAAAACAGUGUUAAAGAUUAUUAUUAAGUAGAUAAAAAUAUAUCUUUAUUUUUACCUGCUUAAAGUGGCCCUGAUUCAGUUAUUGUUAGUUAUAUGCCAACUUGUUUGUGGAUUUCUGUACAUUUGGUUUGAAUAUAACUUUGCAAAUAAUGUCAAAAUAAACACUUUCUAUGAUACAGAAUUUAGGUAGAAAAAUGAAUUUUAAUUGUGUUCAGAAACUAGCUCAUAUAAAUAGCACAUACCAUAAAUGAUACACUAUUUACUAAUAUAAUUGCCACUGUCAUUUUAAAAAAUCAGAAAUUAGUACAUUUACAAAAAAGACAAGGAUAUAGAAUAGUUUCAUGUGAAAGUGGUGAUUCCAUGUGAAGAAAGGAUUACAGAUAUGGUUAAACAUAAGCAUACAUUUAAUAGAACUCAUAAAAAAUAAGCACUUCUGUCUCGUUUGUUUGAUUACUGUAUGAUGAAGCAACUGAUUCACCACAGUUUAGUCUGGAGCUACUUUUCUAUUCUGAGUGGUUUUCUGUAAAACUAUUAGAUUAAUUAGGCAGUUAUAGUCAUCUGCCUUGUCAAGUGCAUUGUUUUGUGUUAAGGAAAAGAAGAAAAACACCAAAUGUAAACUAGUCACAGAAGUUGGAUAUCCUUCUUUGUCCUUUGAAUCAAGGCUACAUAGCAAGAAUUAGUUAAUACUGGGAUUAGUCAGCUUACUAUCAGCUCUACGCAAGAAGCUACAUAUAUCAGGAAGACUAUGGAUAUCAUUAAAUUGGCUGGGCAGCCAAAAUGAUUGAACAGUUGUCAGAAUUUGGUGGAUUACUUAGCUGUAAGUAAUAAGGUCUAAUGCUCUCAUGAAGAAAAUUAACAUAGCAGUAAACUGAGGGUGUAGAAGAAAUGUUUCGAAGAUACAGUCAAAUACAACUUUUAAAACCAUGGCUGAGAACUGCUAGGAAA